UUAAUGAACGUUUAGGGGUCAUCAAGGUUGAACGUGGCGGCGCGACGCGGCGCGCAGUGGAAGGGGCGCGGCGGUGGUUAGCUAUUGUGUCACCCUAUAUAUAACGGCACCCGACACCCCACGCCGUAUUAAGAACAUUCACCGCAUCCGCGGUAACAUGGUUUCCAGUUCCAACAAGAUGACGCCAUGGCUGAUGGCAUUCUUCUGCCUGGCGACCGCUGGCUGCUCGAACGUCACGGACCAGCAGACAUCGGAAACGAAUCAUGAUCACCAAGUGGCGAUCUUGAAGCAGAUCAGAAAGGUGAACGAAGACGGCUCUUAUACGUAUGGGUACGAAGCCGGCGAUGGCUCAUUCAAGGUCGAGAGUCGCGAUGUUCUGGGCAACAUUAAAGGCACGUUCGGUUUCGUCGACGCCGACGGCGAGAUAAAGAGGGUCUCGUACUCCUCGUCGAACGGGACAGGCUUUAAAGCAACCACCAUGUCGCCAUUGCAGGAACACGUGUCGGUAGUGCAAAGUAUACCGCGCGUCAACCGUACGUUAACCACGAAAAGACCCAGCAUCGUGUACGCCACGACGACGGAGUCGUCGACCAGGCCGUCAGUGGUACAGUCGAUUCCUCGAACGAGGAAACCGACUACCAGUACUACCACGACGACUACGAGCACCACCACUACGGAGACGCCGAAGACGAUAUUCGGACACUACUUGAAGGGCACGGCAAAAAGCAGGCCACGCUUCAUCAUCAAUGGGCAACAAAGACCGAUCAUCGUCGAAGAAGACACCGAAGACGAAGAUUCGCAGAUCAAUCGACCCAGUACGGACGAUAAGAGCGGUAACUACCGAAGAAUUAUUUUUGCUAAGCGACCGAUUGAACACAGCCUCCCGCCGAUCUCUGAGGACUUCGUAGAGAAGGAAGACGAGGCUAAGAUCACGACAGGGAAUACCUUGAGGAGGCAGUUGCACGACGAGACAACCAAAUCGAAUUCCGACGCUGCUGAUAACGGCGACGAUCAUUCCGACGUUUACGGAGGCUCCUUGUCCACGACACGUCCUUUAUUCACCACAACGGUUCCAUCGCGAGUUCUCCAGAGAGUCUCCACUACUUCGCGCACGGAACGACCAAAGUUCUAUGUCAAUCGUCAGGACAAUUUGGGAGCAGGUGGUCGAUUCAACAGCCCGAAAUACGACGACUCCCGGGUAUACGAGACGGAGACGAAACCCUCUCCACCGGAGGAGCGCACGACAACCCAACAAAUCUUGCUUCGCACUUCUACAGCUAGGGUACCAACGGAGAGCCGGGACUACGUCAGACAGAGCACCGAGCCUGUCUUCGUAAGACAGCAGCCCGAGCAGUAUCUGCGAGAAUUGCCGCCUAGGAUACUUGUCCCGUCCCAACAAGGCAACCUCGAUGAGGACGGAAACAUCUAUAGAGCAAUACCGAUCGGUAGGCUCUUAUUACGGCCUCCGUCGAACCACCAGCCGGUCUAUUCGUCUACAACGGACCCCAACGUUCAUUACCUGGCAGAGAACCCUCUACCCGAUCCCGAGGAUGAAGCGCGGAUCGCAAUGAACAUGAACUACAUGCGUCCGCGUCCCGUGAGACCGUUGAUUUAUUCGGACCCCGAGCAGCGAGGAGCGAGCAGGCCAGUAUUGCGACCGAUUCCUAGUACAGUAACUCAUCCUGAGGACAGGGACUACCAGGCGACCACACCCGAAUAUCCGAGUUACCGAACUGGCGCCUUGACGUUGCCUCCGGAACCGCCAAACCCGAUCGCGCCACCUCUGAGCCGACGAGACUUCCAGAUGUUGCUGAGGAGGCUGCUGGUGAGCCAAUAUGGCGUGCAAGCACUAUCAUAUCCAAAGAGCUUCCUCGAGGAUGCCCUGUACGAUCAGCAGCCGUACCCUUCGUACCCAGCGGGUUAUCAAGCGCCGCUUCCGAGACCCGAACUCGCGUACGAUCAACAGGCGCAGUACGGUGAUCGAGUACCCUUGAGACGUCCGGUGUACCCACGAGCUCUGAGUCCACUUUAUCACCCUCAGUAUGACGAUUAUCAAGACAGAUAUCCCAAAAGAGUGUACAGGCAGAAAUUCUACACGCAAGACGUUGACGAAGGGGAAGAAAUCCUACCAGCACCUAUUAGAGAAGCUUUGUUGCUGCGAAUGGUGAACCUAGCGAUUAAUACAGAACGAUCGACGAUGAUUCCGACAACCGUGAUGGCUACCACGACGCCUGCAUCGAGGUACAGAAAGACAGGUCCAGUCAGAAGCGUGCAAAUUAUUACGGACGACGAGGAGGAGGAAAAAGAGAUGAGAAAGAAGAUAUAACAACGAUGAGUGGGUUAGAAAUAGUUAGGAAUUACGAAGAAGUAUUACUCAUCGCAAGUAUAAAAUACGAGUUAAAUUAUUGUAGAGUUUUAACUAAUUGUUAAGGAUUCCUUUUUUUUACAAGGUGAGAGAAACUCGACGGAAGUUAACGAAUUUGCUUUCAGCAAUAUUUUCUUUUUAAUACGUCAUUUUUAUUACCAUUACUAAUUAUCCUAGAACGGAAUCGAAUUCGCACGGUAAUAUAUUUAAACAUGACGAAGCGGCUUACGUCAACGGUAACCUUUUUUUCUCUUGUAGUGGACAAACGGAUAUGUCCAUCCGUGUGCAAGGACCAAUGUCUUACACGCAACGUACGCAUUCGUGUCGUUAAUGAAUCGAAUCGGUUUCGCGAAAGGGAAAUCGUUGCUGCGCAGCCGAGCGAUUUUCUGCACGAUAGCUUCCCAACAUCUGUUGACGCGCAUAUUUAUGUUGCGUUAGAAUAGGUGCAUCAGUGUUUGAUCGACUAAGAAGAAAUAUUGUUAGGUAAUUAAAUUUCUUUCCUAUCUGUGAAGACAUUAUUUUCUCAUGCAGGUUUUAUCUGUAAGGUAUCGCAUAAAAUUUUUCUCACGCUGCUGGGAUUCACGUCAAAAUAAUGUCGUUUUAAAUUAACAAUGAGGAAAGAAUGUUGAAAUAAAAUCAUCAGUGAAUGACAUUCCAAUAGAUAACAUUAUUAUUUAAUUUCUAAUUACAUUGUAAUAAUAUUAUGAGAAAGCAGUUUCAAUAAACAUAUUUAUCAAAUCUGCUUUCUCACAAUAUUAAAUUAAAUAUUGAUAAAUAUAUUUUUUACGUCCGUUUUCAACAAUGUCGCUUAACUUUUAAUUUAGUUUUAAUUUACUUUCUAUCUUUUUCUCAUUCCAAGGAUUAGAAAAAGAUGAAAAAUUAAAUUGAGCUUAACUCUUUCGUAACAGGUGGGAUAUACAUGUCUCCUUCAAAAAUCCAUAUCUUUCACGAAAAUAAAGAUAGCGACUUCUUUCUCAUUUUCUACUCAAGCUCUACGUAAGAGCUAUGUAAAAAAAAUCAAAAAAGAAAAAAGAAAAAAUAAUUUUAAAAUAGCGGAUUUAAUGCGGCGGAUCAAAAUGCUAAUUUUGUUAUAAAUUUAUAUAUGUAUAUAUAGGUUUUCGAGAUUGUACUGAUAAUUGCUAAAUCAGCAGUAAAAAUUCUAAAAUAAAAAAUGGCGGAUCAAACAUGGAAACAUACUAAAUUUUGUUGAAAAUUUGAGGUAAACUCAUUUUCCAGAGGUUUUAAAUUUUGAAAUUUUGACUACACAUAUUAAUAAUCAGUGAUCUUAAGAACCUUUAGUAAAAUGUGUAAGGCAUAAAUAAUUAUUUCUUCAAAAGUUAAGUACGAAAAGGUUAAAGUUAAGCUACAUAGGUGUAAACAGGUUUUCGUGCAACCUUUUAGAAACCGAAAAAGGUACAUUAAGCAUUUGUUGCAGUCAAUCGCCGGUGCAUCUAUCCUAAGCGAUUAUUCAAAAUCUCUCCUACGAGAUAAUUCCCCGUUAAACGCGACAAACAGCACCAGCGAAAGCUCUAGAUCCUAAGGCAUCUCUAGCGUACUCCCUGCUUACGACUGUAAAUACGGCGUUACGUAAGAGACUAGUGUGAUAUAUAUACGCAUCGAAAUAAAGAAAGAGUCGGACGCUAGACGCCAAGGCGUUGUGUUGUGAGAACUCAUUUCAUAAGUCCCUGAGAGUCGGCGUUACCGGGAAAGAAUAGUAACGCGUCUACUGCCGGUAAUUAGCGUCGCGCGUUGCGACACUCCUGCCCAGUCGGGUCUCUCUACGCGGCAAACUUACGCGCGAACAUGCGGCUGAGGGCGUAGAUCAUGCCAUCUCGCAACGUGAUUUCCACGCAUUCGGAGAUCCCGCCCGUUGUCUGCGAGCGAAUUUCUUCUUUGUCGAAAAAAGCGUUACGCGCGACACAUGACGCAAAAUGUCUCACGCGUAUGUAUCUGAAGAGAAACACGUGAGAAACGGAACAAUUGCUGCUCGGUGAACGUUCGAUUUGCACAAGUGGCAACGCGACAAAAGACGAAUCAAUUGAAUGUUAAAAAAGCAUUAAUGGGAACAAGCUCAUUAAUGUUCGUCAGAUAAAUUAAAAUUUAAUUACUUCAAUUCAGUUUGUCUGACAAGACUAAUUAAAGUUUGACACUUCGGUAUCAUUGCCGAUUAUCGCUCGAUCAUUUGCACUGUUAGAAUUUUUUGUUGUGAAAUCACAUAAGAAAUGUGUAAGCAGUUUUUAUCUAAUACAAACUUCUUGUAAGAUUAAAGCAAAAUAUUU